ACAAUAUGAUGAUUCAAAAAAGAUCAGAAUCGUAACCAAAUUGGACUCCAUGUUCAACUCUCAUCUAUCUUUCUGUAUAUAUUAAGCGGAGCGGGGGGAUUACUGUUCACGUGAACAGUGUACCAAAGGUCCAAAACCCACUUCUACUUUCUCUCUAAUAACGAUUUUACCACUCAAAUUGUGAGAAAAUAACGACGGCGUGCACAGAAGAAGAAGGCGACAUCUUCCUUUGGUUAUAUUCACCUUCUCUGCAAAAUCCAAACUUUUAAUCAACCGACGGUUGCUGAAAUAGAAAAGGAGUAGCUGUUCAAUUCUAUGCUUCAUAGAUAUCGUGAACAAAGGUUUGUGGCUCAACUCAAAGCUUUAGUGACAAAGGUGGAUAUGAUUCUGUCAGUGCAUUUUUCAACUACCAGAACUUCAUUGAAGGACUGAAUUCGAAGGAUUCCAAUGUCGAUUAAAAUGGCUGCCAAACUGAAGGAUAACAGGAGUUGUUAAAUUACACAUGAAGCAGUCUCAUGAGCAAAGAAACGGCGUGCACGAAGGCUAGUGGUUAUAAACUUAUGGCACAGAUUAAUAGCCAAUACAGACACUCCCUAUUCUAAGGAAAUUGUUAUCAACAUAAACCAUCUGAGAUGGAAAGUCACUCCCAAUAUGCCAUGCAGCUAGUAAGUGCAUCACUAGCACCUAUGGUGCUUAAAGCGGCCAUAGAACUUGGUGUGCUCGAGAUAAUACACAGAGCUGGCCCUGGAGCUCAGCUAUCACCUUCCGAAAUAGCGUCACAGCUCCACUCCAACAACAACCCGGAUGCGCCUGCAGUGCUUGAUCGUAUGCUUCGCCUUCUGUCUGCUCACUCCAUUCUCACGUGUUCAGUUUCCACUGAUGAACUUGAUCAUGUGAAGGUUCUGAGGCUUUAUGGUUUGGCACCGGUUGGCAAGUACUUCAUUCGGGACGAGGAUGGAGGAUCAUUAGCAACUAUACUGAAUUUUUGCCAUGACAAGGUCAACACAGAUAGCUGGUACCAUUUGACAGAUGCAGUUCUGGAAGGAGGACUUCCAUUUUCCAAGGCCUAUGGAAUGAGUGCGGUGGAGUACAAUGCAAAAGAUGCUAGAUAUGGUGAAAUAUUCAGAAACUCAAUGAAAGAGUUUAACGCUGUGUUAAUGAAGGAAAUCCUCGAGAGUUACAAGGGUUUUGAAGGUCUAAGAACACUCGUAGAUGCGGGUGGUGGCGAUGGUACUAUCCUGAACAUGAUCAUCUCCAAGUACCCUACCGUCAAGGGUAUCAACUAUGAUAUGGCUCCUGUUAUAGAAAAAUCUCCCUCCUAUCCUGGUAUUGAGCAGAUUGCAGGUGAUAUCUUUGAAAACAUUCCAAAAGGAGAUGCCAUUUUCAUGAAGUGGAUGCUACACCAGUAUGAUGACAAACGUUGCUUGACAAUACUAAAGAACUGCUACGAGGCAUUGCCAAACCAUGGAAAAGUCAUAGUGGUUGAUAUGGUGAUACCGGAAGCCCCCGAAACUACUACUUCUGCAAAAAGCUUGUUUCAGUUUGAUAUGUUCAUGAUGAACAUGAACACCACUGGAAAUGAGAGGACAGAGAAAGAACUUGGAAGUUUGGGAAAACAAGCCGGGUUUAACACCAUUCAAGUGGCAUGUUCUGCGUUUAACUUUUCGGUGGUGGAGCUGUUCAAGAACAUAAUAAUUUCAUUGAAGAAUAAAGAAGGAUAGAGAGAUGAAUUGUAGCAGAUGGAAUUUCAGACACGAGUGUAAAAAAAAAUUACCUCUGAUUAAGGUGAAGCUGUAGCAGUAGCUACAUGCGGAAGAGAUUACAUGUGAAUCAAAAACUGGGCACUACACCUUUACAAUGACAAACAUUGCCUGAUGAUGCUAUAAAACAGCUAUGAGGCCUUGCCAGACAACGGAAAAAUGAUAGUAGUAACCGGAAGCCCCUGAAACUAGUCUUUCUGCCAAAAGCUUGCUUCAGUGCGAUAUGUUCCUAAUGAACACCACUAUAAGUGAAAGUGAGAGGACAGAGAAAGAACUCGAAAGUUUGGCAAAACAAGCAGGGUUCUACACCAUUGAAGUGGCAUGUUCUGUGAUGGAGCUUUCCAAGAGCAUGU